GGCAAACAAAAUAAGUCAAAGUGUUGUGUUGUGUUUGUGGUCGUUGGAGUAGUGUGCACUGUGGAGGCACCAAGCAGCACUACUGUGUGCUGUACUACACACACACACACACACACACACACACACACACACAUUGUGUUGUCCCAGAUCACAGUAUUAAAGACUUAGUUUUUGAUGCACACUGCUCCUAAUCAUUACCUUAAUUCAAGAUAACUAGGAUUAGCAUACUAAUUACAAUGAAAGAAAAUAAUGAUAAUGUACACUUCUUUCAGGAUUUAGGUAUGUAAAUACUCUUAUUUUAUGUCAAACAUGUGCUUUGUACUACAUUUUGUAUGUUGAAGCAGGCAUGUUGAGAGAAAAACCACAUAGGCUGUAUUUCCACAAGUUAGCAAUGCUCACUAAAAUUAAUUUCUCCCUUAAACAAAUGAUAAUUUUCUUCAAAGGAACAAAAUUGGCCUGGCGGUGUCACUAUCUGAAUUAAUCACAAGUAUUUUGUAGAGGAGUUGGAGUCUGAAGUCUGAUUCAAGCUCCAGGGUGAGAAUGUCCUUAAAGCCUCGUGCAGUAAACUUUGACGAGGUCUGGGGCGGCCUGCUGGAGACGGUCCAGCAGGUGGUCACCAUGGGCUCCAUCAAGCGCACCGUGUGGAAUGAGCGUUUCUCGGACGUGUACUCCCUGUGUGUGGCCUUCCCGGAGCCCCUGGUGGAGCGCCUCUACAUGGAGACCAAAAAGCUGCUGGAGAGCCACGUACGAGAACUGUAUGCACGGGUGAGCAAACAGAGAGAAGAGAACUUGCUGGCAGAGUACCAUCGCUAUUGGCUUCAGUUCAGCAAAGGCACCCACUACCUCAACAAUCUCUAUUCCUACUUAAACUCACAGCACAUCCAGAAGCAGAAGUUCAGUGAUGCAGACCUGACAUAUGGCUCAAUGCAGAUGGAUGUUUCCGAGCAGCUGCUGGAGAUUGGGGAGCUUGGGCUGGAGAUUUGGCAGAGAGAGAUGAUCACACCUCUGCAGAGCCGCCUGGUGGGUGUGCUCCUGGCAGGGAUCCAGCAGGACCGACAGGGCGCCACCACUGACGCCCCGACAUCCACCAUCCGUGGUGUUAUUCAUUCUUUUGUAGAUGUCAACAUGUACAAAAAGAAAUCCACACUACAGCUGUAUGAGACAGUGUUUGAGGAGGAGCUGUUGAGGGAAACGGGCUCAUUCUAUCGUAAAGAGGCCUCAUCACAGCUACAGGAGUGCAAUGUGUCACAAUACAUGGAACGUGUCAUUGCCCGCCUAGCAGAGGAGGAGCUGCGUGCCACCAAGUUCCUUCCUCCAAGCUCCCACAAACGAGUGGUUAAGGAAGUGCAGGACCGCAUGGUAGCCGACCACUUGGCUACAGUGCACGCAGAGACCGGUGCCAUGGUAUGCUCAGAGCGGACUCGUGACCUCUCCAACAUGUACACCCUCCUUCGGCCUGUGCCCAACGGCCUCACUCAGCUUGUGCACCACCUCAAGGAACACAUCAAGCAGCAAGGUCUCCAGGCCAUCACUAACCUUAAAGGAGACAAUAUUCCAGCCCAGUUUGUGGAAAGUCUAUUGGAGGUACACAAGAAAUAUCGUACCAUGAUCUCUGAGGUGUUCCAUAAUGAUCAGCAGUUUGUUGGUGCUCUGGACAAAGCCUUUGAGAGUGUUGUCAACCACAGAGGGAAUACAAAGGUGGUGUGUCGCUCCCCAGAGCUCUUGGCCCGAUACUGUGAUACGCUGCUCAAAAAGUCAACCAAAGGGCUGAAUGAGAGUGAGGUGGACGACAAGCUUGGACACAGCAUCACCAUCUUCAAGUACGUGGAUGACAAGGACGUGUACCAGAAGUUCUAUGCACGGAUGCUGGCCAAGCGACUCAUCCAGCAGCAAAGCCAGUCCAUGGACUCAGAGGAGAACAUGAUUAACCGCCUAAAGCAAGCGUGUGGCUACGAGUACACCAGCAAACUGCACCGGAUGUUCACUGAUAUGUCUGUCAGUUCAGACCUCAAUCACAAGUUCAACGAUUUUCUCAAGGGCAAGAAUGUCGAGCUGGGAAUAAAUUUUUCCAUAAACGUUCUCCAGGCUGGUGCUUGGCCACUGGGUCAGACCUCCAUCACGCCCUUUGCUGUUCCUCAGGAGUUGGAAAAGUCUGUACAAACGUUUGAGAGGUUCUAUCACAAGCACUUCAAUGGGAGGAAAUUAACAUGGCUUCACCAUUUAUGUCAAGGGGAGCUGAAAGUGAGCCAGAGCAAGAGGACCUACCUCAUCACCAUGUCAACCUUCCAGAUGGCCAUGCUGCUCAUGUUUGAAAAGGUGGACAGUCUCACUUGUCAGGAGCUGCAGACUCACACACACCUCAACGAUGAACAGUUCACCAAGUUCCUGCAAAGUUUAUUGGACAGCAAGCUUCUACUUACUGAUGCUGAGAAUCUGGAUGAGGAGGCAGUGGUGCGGCUCAACACAGAGUACGCUAAUAAGCGGACCAAAUUCAAGAUCAGUGUGGCACCACAGAAGGAGCAGCAGCAUGAGACUGAACAGACACACUCUGCUGUAGAGGAGGACCGCAAACUGUACCUACAGGCAGCUAUAGUGAGGAUAAUGAAGGCACGCAGGCUGCUCAAGCACACCAUGCUGAUACAAGAGGUGAUCAGUCAGUCCCGGGCAAGGUUUGCACCACAGAUCCCAAUGAUCAAGAAGUGUAUAGAGCUACUCAUCGACAAGCAGUACUUGGAACGCACUCCAAACUCCACUGAUGAGUACAGCUAUGUCGCCUAAGUCAUAAGUUAUCUAGUUGUUUAUAACCAAUUUGUGGCCAAGCCAAGCCAAGCCAAACCUGUGCUGCUUACCAAUGAGAACGGCUGUUUUUUUCUACACAAAAUAUACCCAACCAUCUUGAAAGGCAUGCAGGCAUUCACAGGUGACAUCAAGGCUGCACUCUGUUGUGAGGCUUGUACAGUAUGUUGCCAGUUUGAAAAUUAAUUUUGUACAUUGAAUUAGGUGUUGGCCUUUAUUCGUCUCACAUACAGGUGUAUGUACAUAUGCAGAGCUCCAGCAUUCUUGGCCAGGUGUGUAAAUAGCCUCUAUAGGCAUAUGAUGGUGUAGUUGGUGUGGGUUGUCUGUUUCUGCUUGUCUGAAGGCUGGGCUCUCCUCUCCUCCCCCCCCUCCAUGAGCUGGGUAUCUCCACCUCAGCAGCACCCCAGGCUGCCCAGUGAGGCUCAGACACCCACACGGCCUGGCUGUUACCCAGGUUGGGGUGUAAUAUUGUAUAAUGGUUAAGUCUUUCAUUCUUAAGUCCAGCAUUUUUUUAUUAUUUUAUUUAAAAGUAACAUAUGAAUGUUUAUUAUCAUGUUGUGCCUUUUUUACUUUUUAUUUAUUAUUUUUUUUAUAUAUUUGUCAGGCACUGUACUUGAUGGUGUCCUGCUAUGUGGGAUUGCCAAAGUUAGAAUCUCGUAUGCUUUGUGACUUCAUGAUGAAACUCUAGCCACUUCCUGCCCAUUGCUGAGCUGCUGCUUGACUGAUCCAGUUGCUGCUCACUUCACUUUCUGUGUGAGAAAAGAUGGGAAGAGGAAUUACUAUGACAUUUAUUCAUCAGUGACUUAAAAGGCAGUGUUGUCUGUAUUACAUGACUACAUCGAAGCUCUAAUUUAGUUGCAGGAGUUUGUAUCUGUAUUUCUUUAUAGGAAUCACUUUUGUAAAAAGAUUUAAUGGGUCCUAGAAUUUUUAUCACAUGUAUGAUAUCUGUUCUAGACAUAAGAAUCUAACAUCAUUAGUGCUGGUAAGACUUGAUCACUCACAAUGUAGAUAGGCUCUGUACAGUAAUUGGUAAUGGAGUACUUAGUCAUGUGAACACAGAACAUUAUGUAAAAGGAAGGAAGGAAGGAAGGUAAAAAGAUAGUAAAGCAUUAAGUGUUGUUGCCAUUGUCAACUUGCACAAAAUAAGCCCUGCCUAUAUGAUGAUGUCACUCAUGCUUCCACCAAUCAUGACUUUUUUUUUUUUGUAGCUUAAGCACAACACCACAUUUCAGUACAACUUUCAAUUAAAUGGUGGUAAUGCAUCUGUUUUGUAGAAAGCCAACAUUAUUCCUAUCAAAAUUAAUAAAAAAUAUACCCUAAAGAUUUGUUGCGCUUGUGCUCCAGUGGGAACUAGCAUGACUGGUGGAAAACAUGAGGGUAUAUUAUUGUGUAGGCAAGACUUGUUUUGUCACUGCUGGCCUUGGCAACCAUAGGUGCAAUGAAGAACAACAGAUAUUAUUCAAAGAUCAUUAUUCAAUAGUGUGGAAGCUCAACUUAUGUGCUUUUGCCACUUUACUAAACAGAAGUUUGAAGAUACAGUCUUAUAUGAAUGAUGUAAAGAUGUGUUGCUUCACUUUCAGUAAUUAAGAUCAUGCUUUUGCAUUUGUAGUUUCUUUUUUCUUCAGAAUGUUAAAUUGUAUCAACUGCAACCCACUUGGACCAGUCACUUUGCAGCAGCUUGAAUUUAGCAUUGUCAGUCAUGAAGCCAGAUUUGUAUUCUUCCAGUAUUUUCUUUACUGUAUAACCACUGUGGCAUAGAUGGCUGUGUCCUGGUGCCAACAAUCUAAAGAGGAUUAUAAUGCCACUAACAUAACUUUUGGAAAGUAAUUUACAGUAAAGUCUUUUAAUCCAGGAGACACCAUGACUGCUGGGACUUGCCAAUGAAAAAAAACAACCACAAUAUACCAAGGAGGCAGUCCUGACAGUGUGUGCUGAACACUAAUCAUGUUGUCUUAAAUACUGUCAACCAAAAUGAUUGUAGAAUGCAGCCAUUAAACCAAAAAAGAAACUAGAAAAAAGAAAAAA